AUGGGGAGCAUGGUUACUAAAAGAAACCACUUAAAAGAAACCAAGUAUUUUGUACAGAGACAAGAAGAACGAUGCCUUCAUGGCAUUCAGAAAGAAGAAGUGGCCCCCUGCAUCACUGUUGGAGCUGAGCUGAACCCUGAAAGCAUCAACAGCCUUGAUGACUGUGCCUUCACCCCUCCCCCACCAGCACAGGAACCAGCCAUGCUUAGAGGAAAUGAGACAGAAGCCACUGACUUCACACUCCUGGGCUUCUUCCCAGAGCUCAGACACAUCACAGUGCUGGUCCCCAUCAUCUUCCUGAUCUACACAGCCGCCUGCACUGGCAAUACGCUCCUGAUCCUCCUCAUCUGGCUGGACUCCCGUCUGCACACCCCCAUGUACUUCUUGCUCAGUCAGCUCUCUGUAAUGGAUCUGACGUUGGCCUCCAGCAUCAUCCCCAAGAUGCUCACCAACUUUUUUUCUGGUUGGCGGAACAUCUCAUUCCUGGCUUGUGGGGCCCAGAUUUUCUUCUCUCUGACCGUAGCUAUUGCAGAAUGCAUGCUCAUAACGUUCAUGUGCUUCGACCGCUACGUGGCCAUUUGUAAACCCCUCCGGUACACAGUCAUAGUCAGCCCCAGUGUUUGCCUGCAGAUGACUGCCAUGGCAUGGGCUGGAGGGGCGCUCACGUCCCUGGGCCACACUGUCUUCACCUUACACUUUCACAUCUGUGGCCCCAGAGAGAUCCCCCACUUCUUCUGUGAAGUCAUGGCAGUCCUCAGGAUAGUCUGUGAGGACAUCUCAGUCUAUGAGAAGGCAGUGGUGGUGACCAGCAUCCUUGUUCUGCUGCUGCCCUUGUCACUCAUUUUGUCUUCCUAUGUUGUCAUCUUCCUGACGGUGCUCCAAAUGAGCUCCCCAGAAGCCAGGAGCAAGGCGCUGGCCACCUGCUCCUCUCACCUCUGUGUUGUGGGGCUCUAUUUUGGCCCUGGGAUGUUUAUCUACAUGAGACCUGGCUCUGCCAGGACUCCAAAGCUGAAUCAGGGUUUGUUUCUAUUUGGAACGGUCCUCACUCCUUUCCUAAACCCACUUGCCUAUAGUUUCAGAAACAAGGAAGUUCUCAGUUCACUGAAAAAGUUGGUGAGGCGGUGUCACAACACAAUUAUCAUGCUGAAGUACAGCAAUUCCAAGAGCCUGGAACACUUUGCGAACAGUUAUUUCCAUGACUCUGCCGAGCUGGCUGCCACAUGGCACUACGGACCUCAGCAGGAACACAGCACAGGGAUAACUGUACAGGUCGGGGUGCUUGACACAGGUAGAGAACAGCCGGCGUUCAGGAAAUGGACUUCAGCAUCCGCAGUGUUCCUGGUCAGCUCCUUAAAUUGCUCCUGA